GAGCGUAUCGUCCAAUCAAACAAGGCUUCAGUUUUAAAUGAUAGUUCCGUCUCCCUGUUACUGAAACCUACAAUAACAUCAAAAUCGACCCUAAUUCUUCGGGGUUCUAGGGUAGACAAGAUCAUUGUACAGCUAGUGAGCGGGUUUUGAGUCCAGUCGUCUCUUGUCGACAGCUGUUUCAUGGGAACCCAGGAGGAGGAGAGAGAUUGGGUAGAUGUGGCAAAUGAUCUACUCACCAAGUGUCACGUAAACCUCAGACUGAAGAAACUGACUGACUGUGAUGCAAAUGUUUUCAUCACCCUGUAUGAGAACAUCUUGGGGGAGAAAGUCCCAGAUUACAUUGCAGCACCAUGCAGUCAAGAGGCUGAUGUCCAUAAUACUCAGUCUGUGAUUGAUUCACUGUCCCUGGAUUACCUUCAGAUCAGCCUCUCACACAUUACAGGAGAAAAUAUUGUCAGAGGGGACAAAAAGUCUAUCAAGAACCUCCUGGAAAUCUUCGAUGGCCUCCUGGAAUAUCUCAAGGAAGAGAUAAGUGAGGAGUCGCAGAAUGGUGAGGAACUGAAUGAAGGUCUCAGUCAGGAUGUUCCGGAUGAAGCCAAGGAGCCAACAAAUUGCGAUGCCACAAAGCACAAGAAGACUAAACUGGAUGGAGAGGCCUCAACUUCCAGUGGAGAGUCCACUGUCCGCUCCAGCAAACAUUCCCUCCAUUCUUGGAAUGCUGAGGAGAUGGGAUCAGCUAGUGAGCUCAUUGGGCUGGGAGUCUCGGCACGUACAUUUACAGCCAAGCAAGAAACAGAUGCAGUCACCGCCGUUGGUCCUUUGGAUGCCCAGGGCACUCCACUGGCUGAACCGCUGCACUCAGCCAUCGCAUUGCAGCCACCCAACCAGAGCCACACCCCCCACAGACCUGACACAGACCCACAAUCACCCAGCCAACCUCCCACAGCUGAUGGCUUCAACCAAGGACAUGCAGGGGAAGAAUCUGCUCCUGUCCCUACAGAGACCUCUAGACCACCAGCUGAGACAGUUGUCACCAAUGGGCUACAGUCCCCCCCACUUUUACAGUCUCCUACUGUGAGUGAGGAGUUUUUGUCCAUGCAGCAAAGAGCCAGGACAGAAGUGGAGGGGGAGGCACUGGAGAACAUAACCGCUGCGCAAGAUAACAUUCUCUUGACCACAGCUGCUCUCUCUCAACCGCAGCCAACCAACGGGGGCCCCAGGAGGGUUUUAUUCCGCACCCAGCCAGAUGUCCUUUUCCUCACCCUGCAGGAUGAGAUGGCAGCCGCAUCCCCUUCUCCAACAGACACUGAAGAGGAAGAACAAGAUGAGGAGGAUCUGAGUUGCACACGAAUACACUCAGACAGAAGAAUAAGCCACAAUAAUAGGGCAGGCUUACGCAGGAACAGGCUGGAGGAGGACAGCUUUCGGGAGCCUCUGUCGUACCGCAGACAGAGGAACAAGCAAGCAGAAGAGGAACUGCAUCACAUAUCUGAGAAACUCUCCCAUCGACUUGAGGAACUUGAUCAGAUGCUUAAACGAGUUCUGAGUGAAAGUGGAGAGUCCACUGAAGUCAGAGAAGAGGACAAGCAGUCUCACCACAGUGAUGGCAUCAUGGAGUGUCGCAAGACUCCCAGACAACAAACAGUUUCAGGUACACCUGAGGCUGAAUCCACCCACCGGACACGCUCCUUGUCUCCCUCACCUCCACCAGUUCGACGCUUCCUGCAGGGACAGUUAGAAGACACCACGGCAGAGGCCUUGAAUCUGGAUGAUGGCAAACAACAAAAUCUCACAACUUUGGAUCAUUCAAGGCAAGAAGAGGUGCACCAUAGACCGUCUCACAGGAAACACAACAAGUAUCUGCAGAAUAAGGCCUAUAAGAAGGAGUUAAAGAAAUACGAAGACAAAGAGCGGGCAGAUCUAGACAAGGCACGGCUCAAAGCUCAGGAAGCCGAGCGACAGUACAGAGAGGCCAUUCUAGGGGAUGUUUCUCAAGCCGCCUUAACGAAGGCCCAGCAGAAGUCACAACCUAACACACAAACCACACCAGGCCGCAAAUGGCAGGAGGCCCCCAAGAAAGCUCCAUCAAUGAAAGUAAAAGAGAAUGAGCUCCUGCCUGUGCUCUUGGAAGAGUUGCCUCAUCUUCACAUCUCCCCUCAUGCCCUGGGUCGGAUGUGGGAGCAGCAGAUGCAGCAGGUGGAUAGACUCCAUGCACUGUCGUCUUCCCAUAGCCAGCGUCACAACAAACUCUCCAGCCAGGUGGAGGAAGCCCAGAGGAAACAUGACCUGUUGGUGGAGAUAAUCCGCAAAGAAAAGGACCACAACAAGCGUCUGAGGGACUUCAAAGAACGCAUCCAGCAGCAGAAGUCAACCCAGAACAGACUGAGGGAACAGAGACAGCAGGUAGCACGCGCCAAGAAAUACUACAACGACUACCACGUCCAGCAUCGUGCCCGCCUGAUGAGGGCACGCACCAAGGAAGAAAGGAUGUUUCGGCAGCUGUUUGAGGAAGGUUUGGAGCUACAGAAAGUCCGGUUACGAGAGCAGAGAGCCUAUGCUAGGGAGCAGCGGCUGGAACAUCAGAGGCGACACCAGGAUUAUAUCAAAUCCAUGGAGAACUACUACAAAGACCAAUUUUCACUACUAGCUGAAAAGCUUGCACAAGAGCGACAGGAGAUCCAGGUUCGGAAAAAAGCUCAAGAAAAGGCUCUGCUGAAGAUGAAGCGAGAGCUGCGUUCCAGGAUGGAGCGUGAGAUUGGUGAACUGCAGAAGAUCAUCAUCCAGAAUGACGAAGAUGAUUAUUUUCAAGAUCUGGAGGUCCAGAGGUUGCGCAAUCGGGUCCAGAUGGCUUCCUUCCAGUACAACACUAGCUAUCUGCACUGACCAGAGAAGCAAGACAAAGAGCUGUUUUAAGCUCCACUCAGUCAAGGCUGGAUUUACAUCAGAGGAACAUGCUGCAAAACUGAUUCUGCCAUUCACAACUAGGGGUACGACAUUCGGCUGAACAGUACUGUCUCCUCGUGAUCUUCCUUAAUUGAUUUGCACAGGAAGAGGAAAUUCACUUUGUAAAAUCUUCAAGAAGUCCAGAUUAUUGAUUAUCAGUGAACCCAAUGAACUCUGACAAAAUGUAGCUGCUAGUUUAUUUAGCUAACUCUUCUUCUAACCUCAGCUGCUAUACCUGAACUUAAUGACACCUUGGACCAAGUCCCCUUCUUCCAUGGGUUAUAGUACUUGAUACCUAAGAAUGUUUUAAAGUGGCUCCCUCACUGUGCAGUCUUUGUGUGUGGAUAUUGUAGCAGACAACUAAUGAAAAUGUUCUUCCUCUUGCCAAACAGGGACCACAAAUGCAAAGUUAAUAAGUAUGAAUGUCACACACUGACUGAUUUUUUUAGCUUCCCUUUUUCUCCCUGUAUGUGCAAUGUCUCUAAUGUUUUAACCAUGCUGGUGGAUUAUUUAUUUUUGAACUUUAAUGCCAUUUGAUUUUUAAUUAACCUGGUGUUGUCCAAUCAUCAGGGGCGAUGAUAAUCAGUCUUUCGUGUCUUCACCUUUUCCUCGGCCCUGUUGCAUAUGUUUGACUCAGCUAGAACUUACAACAUGGUUGUUUUAAACCAAUGCAAUUGCAAUGGGUUGCAAUGUUAAAACACUCUACUGAUAUUGAACAUUGUAUUUAAUGAGUAAAUGCCCCAUCAACAUUU